UUCAUCGCCUCGAGUUACGGAACCUACUACUCAUCAAGAUUUUCAUCUUGUCUAGUCUUGCUCUUGUCUGUCCUUGCCGGAAAUUUCUACAAGCAACGCUCACUCUGCUCAACCCCACCGCAUCUUUAUAAAUUCUCGCAUUCUCUUGCAGUCUUUAUAUGAAUUCAUUUUUCAAUUGGUGGAGUGCACGCUAUACCACAGAAGUACGAUAUCCGAAAGAAUCUGCUCUGGUAGCCACAAAAGAACAACAUUCGAGCACAACCAGCGUUUUUCUACGUGAUUUCGUGGAGCGACGAUGCCCCUCACUCUAUUCGGAGUUCCGUCCCGCAUGGUGGUUGCCAAACGGCCAUAUGCAGACUCUCUAUUGCGUCCUCGGAGAUUUUUCAGCUAGAGAUAAGGUGGUGUAUAAACGGACCCUGCUCCGCCUGCUCGAUGGCGGAACCGUGGGUUUGGACUCCACACCAGUGGAUGAUAGCCAUUUACCUCCCGACACUCCGAUCAUCGUCGUCUUGCAUGGGCUCACAGGGGGUUCAUAUGAAUCGUACGUGAGAGCUAUUCUCUCUCCCGCGUGCAUGCCGGUCCACCAGGGCGGACUUGGAUAUCGUGCAGUCGUGGUUAAUUUCCGCGGAUGUGCAGGCGUCCCGGUCACGAGCCCACAGCUCUACUCCGCUGGCCAUACAGAUGAUCUCCGUCAAGCUUUAUUCUACAUAUCUCACCGAUACCCAGAGGCUCCUUUAUUGGGACUGUCUUUCUCUCUUGGAGCAAACGUUAUGACACGGUAUGUCGCGGAGGAAGGAGAACGUAGCCGUUUGAAAUCAGCAUGUGUUCUCGGAUGUCCCUGGAAUUUAGCGGCGAAUGCCUCCAAGCUCUUGGCCACGUAUAUAGGACGUCAUGUUUACUCGAAAGGCAUGGGCCGAAAUUUGGUUAAUCUUCUGAAGCGGCACGUUAGCACGUUUGCCUCCGAUCACGAUGUCGCUAAAGCUGCCGCUGUGACUAUCGCCCUCACUAAACCCACGAUCGACAUGUUCGACGAACACUUCACAAGAAUUGGUGGUGGUUCUUCGCCUCCCUGGCCCUUCGCAUCAGCAAAUGAUUAUUACGAAUAUUCAUCAAGCCACAAUGUGCUUAACAAAAUCAAAAUCCCACUCCUAGCCAUCAACGCUGCAGAUGACCCUGUGGUUCAGGAUGUGCCAAUGGACGGUGAAGGUAAUGGGUGGGUAAUUAUGGCCCUGACAUCCUGCGGUGGGCAUCUUGGAUGGUUUGAACCAGACGAUGGAUGGGGACAGGUCAGGCGAUGGAUCAAGCGCCCGGUGUUUGAAUGGCUGCGUGCAACAGGAGAAGACUUUGUUCGUUCGCCUCCACGUUGGCGACCAUUGCAUCAGGAAGGCGGCUUUCUCAAAGAGGUUGGCACUGAGGGGCUAGGGUGCAAAGAAUUAGACGGAAGUAAUAUCAUUGUGGAUACAGAGGGAGAGGCCGGGUUGCUGGCCGGGUUGUAAUCCGAGGAAACAGAUAUACUGUUAGAUUUCUUAUUUAUUCUAAUCACUAUCGCUAAAAUGCACUCCAUCAUCAUCUUCAUCUUCAUCUGCGCGCAGCUGGCUCCUGUCGUACUGGCUAAUAUCAACAGAAACGGUGCCUUCUUCCACGAAACUGUCAUCAUCGUGCUCCAAGUUCUUGUUUUUCUCAAAUAAUUGGCGACCUGAUCA